CACACGCCCACCCACACCCCUCUUCCUCCUCUCACAUCUUCCUCUCUCUCCGAUCUUUCCAAACCGAAUCAACACAAGACAAGAUGGUCAAGUUCACUGCCGGAUUCGCUCUCGCCUCGGUGCUCUCCUUGGCCCACGCCACUGACUUCAAGGCGAGUGCGCGUGAGGAACCUGACCUACCUGCAGCCCUUCUCGCCCAUGCUCGUCGUGGCGCACACCAACGACGUGGCCCUGUUCAAGGAAGGCUUCCCGGCCAGCGAUGCCAUCAAGCUUAUGGCGGAGGACGGCGACAACUCGGCUCUCCUUGAGCUUGCGGCGUCGGACGACGUCGCUCCGUACAUCUGCGGUGCCGUCGCGGGAGAAGGCCCUGUCUUGCCCGGAGAGACGUGGAGGGGAACAAUGACCAUCGACGAGAGCGUCUGCCCCGACCCGGUCUACAGCGUCGUCAGCAUGCUCAUCAACACCAACGACGCCUUCGUGGGCAUCGACUCUGACGACCUCAACUUGUACGGCAGUUCCAAGGUGUUCCCGCCCGCCUUCGAUGCCGGCACCGAGGCCAACAACGAGCUGUGCACCCACAUCCCUGGCCCUGCGUGCCCGGUCGACAGCGGCAACAUCGAGGACGGGCCCGGCGAAGGGUUCAUCCAUGUGCACCGCGGCUUCCACGGGGUGGGCCCGGACCUGGGCGAGGCGAACUACGACUGGCGCAACCCGGUCGCCGAGGUCUUCAUCGCCCGCCAGUAGACGAUACUCGUUGCAGAGUGAUGCAGGCUGAACGUCUGGCGGCGUGGGCGUGGCCCUAGAGUUUCAUGUUUUUUGGUGUUCCCAAGUGUUGUGGCAAAGGACGUUGCGUGUCGACGUGUAGGUUCUACUCGUUAAUGUCGAUGACGUCGCGGCGCCGGAGUCAACCGUACUUGACGGUUUCUCGUUGGGCGAUAGUGUUUCGUUUUUCCCGUAGUCAGCGUGUUUUGUUGGAGCGGUGAAUGGGGAGUGCAUGAAAGUAUCUCACUCAUGUUGGGAAUAUCUUCUGUACGAUUGAUUGUAAGGGUGUGGCAGCCAAAGGCCCAACCCAAGAUAUUGAGGUGCGUUCUUCUUCUAUGACUCUCCUUGGAGACAAAAAAUCGUCCGUACUUUCAUCCGGUGGUGUGUUGUUACCGUUGGUAUCGCCUGGGCUGGCCCAACCAACCACCGAUUGAGUAGAAUGAUGCUUUUCGGCGAAUUUGAGCACUUAAGUGUACCUCAUGUUCCAAGGUGACCAGAGGGGAGGCUCCAACAAUCUGUGUGGAGUUGCGUCCCCGGCCUUUCUUUGUCGGCGAAGAAUGCCCGACAUUGUGCCCUACCAUACUGUCGGCACGUUUGCAGUGGCCUCCUUCCGGUGUUUGUGCCGUCGGGGAGACAGGGCGCCCGGCCCCGCAUGAAACCCUAUCCCUGUGCCUGGUUCAAAGCUUCUGGACCGAAUCCCUGCUAGACAGCCUUGUCGUGGAAUUUCGUUCCGGUAUGGCCAGUAGAGGCGAACGGUGCGCUAAGGUGUUGCAUUAGAAUUUCGACAAUAAGGAUAUCCUUGUGUGUAUCUGUGCU